AUGCAACUCUCUUGCUUAUAUAAGCAGAAGAAAGGAAACCGCAAAAAAUAUUCCCCGCGGAGAAGGAAGCCAAGCUCAGGCCCGUUGUUGCGCUUUCCAAAUCGGGUGGACGAAGCAAAUCUUUCUAACGCCCGUACUCAGCUCCCCGAAACUGCCUUCCUAUUUCUUUUCCCCCGCUUAUUCUCUGCAGAGAUCACUAUUUCCUUUCUCUCUGCAACGGAAGGGUGCCCAAGAGAUUCAGGCCUUUCUGCUUCUCCACCAGCAUUCGUUAUCUCCUCGUUGGUGUCCUACGAACUCUGCAUGCACAAGGAGAUGGAACGCGAGUCUGCCAUUAAUGCUCUCGUCGAGUUGGUGCAACAAGCUAGGAUGGGAUGCCUCGGACAGCAAAUGCAGGCAGAGUUGGAAGACAUGAGAAUCGUACUUGCUGAAACAAUUGCAGUACUCGAGGAAAAGGACAAGGAAUUGGCAAGAAUUAAGGAGAGACAAGAACAGGAAAAUCGUGAUUAUGAAAAGCUCCAUAGAAAGUAUGCAGCUUUACAGGAAAUGUAUGCUCAAGAAGAAGCCCGUAGACUGGCAGCAGUGCAGUCAUACGAAGAUGAGACGCGGCGAAGACUGACCAUGGAAAAAGAAAUUUCAACUUUGGUUAACAAAUAUGAGCGAGCUUCUGAGCAGGUUGUAACUCUUCAUGAACGAAUCUGGGACCUUGAACAUGAAAACAAUUUUAUGAAGGAGUCUAUUGAUAGACUCCACGGCAAUGUUAGUUUUCUGGAACAGGAAAAGAAUUAUUGGUGGCAUGAUGCAGGCUUUGCUCGCAGGCAUGCUGCUACGCUGCAGCAGCAAUUGGAUGCUUCUUAUGCUUCAUUGCGGGUCAAGGAUCAAGAGAUCAAGUCAUUGCGAGAGGAUAUUGAGGAUAUCCAUCAAAUGCAAGAAAUUUACGUGGACACACAUCAACAACCAGUUCUAGUUCAGAAGUUUACUGAUGAACUGCAUAAGUGCAAAAAGUCUAUGGAAAAUUUGUCCUUAGCUAUUGAAGAUUUCAAAGCAGAUAAAAAUGUCAUAUCACAGGCUGAGCAACUUGAGGAACUUCAGCAUCAGCUUCAUUCCAUUCAAUUGGACUUGCAGGUUGCUGAAGAUGAGUCUUUGGCUAUGAAACAAACAAAUGAAGAACAAAAAAAGGAGAUAGAGGUGCUGAAAGACCGGCUUGCUGAUGUGAGCAUUGAGCUGUUUGAAAGCAUACUCCUGCAAAAAAAGUUUCAGAGCACAAUUAAGAGAUUGCAAGCAAAGGAAUGAAGUUGCCUGGUGGAAGUCUUUGAGUGGAGAUCUG